GCGUGAUGACGCCAGGAACGUUCGGCUGCGUGAGUCCGGGCUGGCAGAGAGAGCAGCUGAGCCGCCGGGUUAUGUAACUGACGGGAUGCUGCUGCUACUGCUGCUGAACGGGUCAGAUUAGCAGGAAUACACGAGGUGAUAAAUGAGGGUGUGCGAGCUCGUGAGAGGCAGACUGUAAACAGAUCUGCAGGCGGACGAAGCGCGCGCUGGCUGCAGGGGCCUGAGGGGCGCGGAGGAGGCAUCACCUCGUUUAUUGUUUUGCAGCCGAGCAGAGGCGCGUCCCUGUUUAGAUAUUUUUAUUUUUACUUCUCCCAUCAGUGGAAAGAAGCCAAUGCGGGUUGGUCUCAGACAGGAUCCGGGAUCACAGCUUUCCUUUUACUGCGCCCCUUUGAUCCGGCGGCCCAGCGGCGGCGGCGCGCUCCGGUGGAAAUCAUGGCGGGUCCGGAGCAGUGCCAGCAGCAGCAGCAGCAGGUGGAGGAGAAGGCAGAGCACAUAGAUGAUGCUGAGAUGGCUCUGCAGGGCAUCAACAUGCUGCUCAACAACGGCUUCAAGGAGAGCGACGAGCUUUUCAAGAGAUACAGGACGCAGAGCCCGUUGAUGAGCUUCGGGGCAAGUUUCGUCAGUUUUCUGAACGCCAUGAUGACGUUCGAGGAGGAGAAGAUGCAGAUGGCCUGCGACGACCUGAGGACCACGGAGAAGCUGUGUGAGAGCGACAGCGCUGGGGUGUUGGAGACGAUCCGAAACAAGAUUAAAAAGAGUAUGGACUCCCAAAGGUCAGGUGUGGUUGUUGUGGACCGCCUACAGAGACAGAUCAUUGUCGCUGACUGCCAAGUGUACCUCGCUGUUCUGUCAUUUGUCAAACAGGAAAUCUCAGCAUACAUCAAAGGAGGCUGGAUUCUCCGUAAAGCAUGGAAGAUGUAUAAUAAAUGCCACAGUGACAUCAGUCAGCUGCAGGAGACCUCCCAGAGGAGGCCCUCCGGAAACCAGGAGUCCCUCUCGGCCGACAACGCCAACCACAACGCUCCGGUGGAGAACGGCGUGACGGCCGAGGCCCUGGACAGGCUCAAAGGCUCCGUCAGCUUCGGCUACGGCCUUUUCCACCUGUGCAUCUCCAUGGUUCCUCCACACCUGCUCAAGAUCAUCAACCUGCUGGGUUUCCCUGGAGACCGCCUCCAGGGUCUGUCCUCUCUUAUGUACGCGAGCGAGAGCAAGGACAUGAAGGCACCGCUGGCAACGUUGGCCCUCUUGUGGUACCACACGGUCGUGCUGCCUUUCUUCGCUCUGGACGGCUCCGACACAACCGAAGGUCUGCUGGAGGCCAAAGCUAUUCUGCAGAGAAAGUCGGUGGUUUACCCCAACUCGUCGCUCUUCAUGUUCUUCAAAGGACGAGUUCAACGGUUAGAGUGUCGUAUCAACAGUGCUUUGGCCUGUUUCCAUGAUGCAUUAGAGCUUGCAUCAGACCAAAGAGAGAUUCAGCAUGUGUGUCUCUAUGAGAUUGGUUGGUGCAGCAUGAUAGAGCUGAACUUUGAAGACGGCUUCAGGGCGUUUGAGCGGCUGAAGAACGAGUCGCGCUGGUCACAGUGCUACUAUGCCUACUUGACUGGAGUGUGUCAGGGAGCUUCUGGAGACCUGGAUGGAGCGAAUGAAGUUUUCAAAGAAGUUCAGAAGCUGUUCAAGAGAAAAAACAACCAGAUAGAGCAGUUUGCUGUCAAAAGGGCUGAUAGACUGAGAAAGGUCUCACCCACCAGGCAGCUUUGCAUCCUCGGGGUAGUCGAAGUCCUGUAUCUGUGGAAAGCGCUCGCAAACUGCUCACCAUCCAAGCUGCAGAUAAUGAAUCAGGUGUUGCAGAGCUUGGACGAACCUUCGUGCAGAGGCCUGAAACAUCUCCUCCUCGGUUCCAUUCACAAAUGCCACGGGAACAUAAGAGAUGCUGUUCAGUUCUUCCAGCUGGCUGUUAGAGACGAGUACGGACGGCAGAUCAACUCGUAUAUUCAGCCGUACGCCGUCUAUGAGCUGGGAUGUAUACUCCUAGCAAAACCAGAGUGUUGGAUAUACAACUGCAAGUUACUAACAUUUGGAGUCAAUGUGAUUCAAGAUAUCUGCCACAGCCAACGGACCUUAACAAACAGGUCAAGUUUACAAAUAUUAAGCUAAAAUGUGGUGUGGUAAAGAUGACUUGCAGUGGUGGGCACAGUUCCACUAACCUGCUAAAAAUUGAACUAUUUUUGUGGUUAGUGGUUUAGCACUCGCAUUAACUUUAUAAAUAUUUAACGUUCUCCACUCCUAAUAAUACUACCAGUCAUUUUGUAUACCGCUAAUAAGUUUGGAUAACAUCCUGCCACUAUUGCCCCCUUUCCACUGUAGCCUCUUCAGCACGGUUCCACUUGGCUCUCCACGGUUCCAAGGCUUUUCCAGUAGCAAGGAUCCAUGGAACCAGUCCCUUUUUCAGAACUUACCAUGAGUGAGAGGUCUGAGGCAGGAUGUUUAGAAGGAAGUGAGAGAAACAGAGGGGUGUGGU